AUGAGAGAAGAUCCAAUCAAGAACAGGCACUUCAGGCACGAUCGACUUACAAAGGAAAAGGAAAAGGACCAUGGAAAGGAAAUAAGUCAUGCACCAAUCAGAAACACCAAGAUCAAGGAUCUAAUGCAGCUUGGUCAUUAUGCAUGGGAUUGCUGGCAAGGAGAGGGUGCUAAGAAUAAGCCCAAUAAUCAGCCAAACUUGGCACAAGAUGAAGGAUCAGAUUCUGAGGUUGUAAUGCUCAUGGCAACCACAAGCAAUGAAUCCUCCAAUGACACUUCAUGGUACUUGGAUUCUGGCUGUUCCACUCAUAUGACAGGGAGAAAGGAAUGGUUCAUCAGUUUGGAUGACUCAUUAAAGAGCAAAGUUUGUUUUGCAUAUGAUAGCAGCCUCAUUGUAGAAGGCAUUGGCAGAGUGGCUUUUAGAGACACAAAUGGAAAAGAAACAAUCAUUGAGGAGGUUCUAUAUGUGCCUGGCCUAAAGACAAACCUGUUGAGUCUUGGGCAACUACUGCAAAAGGGAUUUGUCAUGACAAUGGAGGACAAUUGCCUCAAGGUAUUUGACAGAAAUCAGAAACUUGUCAUUCAAGAAAAUCUGUCUCAGAACAUGACGUUUUGA